GAGGUGGUUAGUUUUGUGGAAUAACCAAAACCUGAACUAACAAAGUGAAACUAGGUUGCAAUGCCAGGCCCUGGUCCUCACCUCAUGUAUGCCAUGGCCUCUGCUUUAGCUCUCACUACCAUCACCAAUGGAAGGUUUAGUCCUCACCACACACUUACCUACACAGUAAACGCCUUCUUUGGCCCUGAUAUUGGUUCUUUCUCAGAGUGGCUUGCUUCACUUUCUGAUGGCCCUGCUCAGUCUCUGGGAUCCGCUCUUGCAAAUCUCAUCCAUCAUCCUUUCUACUACAUACUUAUUUUGGGUCUUCCUCUCUCUUUUCUCUAUUCUCGGAUAUCCACCUAUCUUCUUCGCACACACCUUCUUGAUUCCGUCUCCAGGGUCCCCCUUACCAGGAUGCAAUGUUUUUUCUUGAUAUCUGCUGGCUCUUUUACCCACUUCUUUCUUGAUCAUCUGUUUGAGGAGAAUGGGAAAACAACCACGUACACUUGGAUUUUGAGCACGGGCUGGUGGCAAAGCAGAGCACCAGUCACCCCAGAUGCUGUUCUUGUAGUUGGCUUCUUAUGUGCUUGCUUAAUCAUCGGCUUUUUUUACAUCAACAGAGCAAGUUCUUCAAACUCCAUAAAGAAAAAGUCAUAUCAGUCGAUGCUACUUAUGAUAUGCAUAGCUUCGUUGUACUGUUUUUGGUGUGCAGUCCAGAUAUACUGGAUCAGUCCGCGUCGUCCAGCAGUUGGUGAAGAGGCUGAUCUUGGUGUUCUUGUGUUUUUAGCUCUAUACUUUUUCCUACCUUACGGUUUGUGCAUAAUGUCUAUGUCCCCAAAAGAUCCUGAUACAAAUCAAAUUCCCCUUUAACAGUAUUUAUAGUACAAUCAAUCACCAGCAAUAUGUAAAAUUCCCCAUUCAUUCCUUGUUUGGAUCAGGAUUCUUUUGACCCUGCGGUUUUUAUUCCACUUACUUGUAUAGAGUGUUCAUUGUUAUCUGUAUCUUAUUCCACUCUUCAACAUGAACCUGUUGCAAAGUGAUGGAAUGUACAAGUUCCAUUUUUUAUUA